AUGAACGAAAUCUUGUUCCUUGUAGAUAUGUAUCUUCCUAUCACAUUUGUGGCCCGUAGACUACGCAUACACCAAAACCAUUCAGCCCACAUCGUAAAAUUUAGUAGAACUGGCAUGUUUGAAAUGAGUAUACCAUUGCGUUCGAAGACAUCCCACGAGCGCUUAUUACGAAUCGAAGCGAGCGAAGCCCCCUCGUCGUCCCGUCCAAAGAGAUCAUAUCAGUGUUUACCGGACACCGAAUCAAGCGAAGCAACAACCCAAGUCUACCGCCCGAUCAAAUGUAGUAAAGCGGGAAGAAUGUCUCACCGAAAUCCGCCUGACCCAUCCUUACAGGAUCAGGACCACAUCAAUCAACUCAUGGAUGCAGCUGAAUUCGCCGACUCUAAAGGAAUGUAUGAAGACUCUGUUCAAACAUAUCAGCAACUCCUAAAUUUGUAUUCCGACGAAAUGUCAAGAUGUGAGAGCAAACAUGGUGCGACCAAUAGAGGCCCCCAUACGGGAUGGAUUCUUUCGUGUUUCAAUCUUACACGAUGCUACUUGAAGCUGAAGCGCCCGCAAGCGGCCUUCGAAACUCUCCAACAAGCUUGGCGCCCAGAUUCAAGCCUAGCCAUACCUUCCACACAUCCAAACUAUCUGGAACUAUCCCAUUUGUAUUUCGAAGUUGAAGAUAGGUUACAGAGCAUCUCUCACUCUCAUGCGAACUAUGAGUCUGAAUCAGACGUUCGUAAAGAUGAAUUCACCACCAAUGAACUUUUGAAUCUGAUAUGUAUGUAUGCGGAGGAUUUUUUAUCUCAAGAAAAAUCACACGAUGCCAUUUCACUUUUGGAAGGGGGGCGAAAACGAAUAGCAGAAGAGCAAAAGGCGUAUUUGCACAUUGGCCAACUGAAGGAGGGCGAAGAAAUCCUAAACCAAGUUUGGAAUCCUGAAAGUCGGUUCUACAUUGACACUCUUGAUAAGAAUUAUCUUUGGAUGUCACAGCUUUACAGGCGUGCCAUUAAUAAACAACAGUGUGACCCCACAUCUUGCAGCCAUCAAGCCCAAGAACAAAGGCAAAGGACGCUUUACGAGAAGCUGGCUCUUACGCGAACGGCGGAUGCCGCAGUGAUCAAAAGCCGUUGGAAACUGUGUAUGUUGUAUUUUCAUCCAGACAAGGGUGGUCACACUGGGGUAGCACAACAGAUUUCGGCGGCCGCUAAAGUUUUGCUUGAUCCAGAGAGUCGCUGUCGAUAUGACUCCAAGUUAAAUUAUUGGUGA